CGUAUCUUCUUACGUAGAAUCGUAUCAGAUAGUAUUAUCGAAAGCAGGCAAACACGAGUAACAUCUGUUCGCUAUUUAAUAUUUACAUAUCGUGCUCGGCCUUCUGGAGGUCGCGUCGAUAGGGAAUUUAAUGGGAGUCCAUUACGCUUGAUUUAUGGUCUGAAAAUGUAAUUCAAGAUAGCGCUUUCGUUUGAAUACAAACUCUUCUCGCUUGGAGUACGCCUGCAGCGUGUAAGACUGUGCGCAUCUGUCAUCGGACAGGCACCAUAUAGUAGCUAUCAGCGAUAAAAUAUUUAACCUGCAAAUGAGCUCGGUCGGUGUACGGGUUAUCUGUAAAGGACACGCCGAGAAGUGAAACCACGCACGUUUUCCCGGUCGUCAAUAAAUAAAUAUCAAAAUACAAUACAUUCACGCGUAGUAUUCCCGAAUAUUUGAAUUUCAUUUCGUGACGAGGUUAUAUACCAUAAAGAACAAUAUGUUAUUUCAUUUUCGCGGUCGUAUGAUGUACGACGGAUGCUAGAGUGUGUUAUCUAAUCUACGUGACUUAAACCGGCAAAGAAACGAAACAUAAAUUGAUACACGACACCAUUUACGGGUCCGACACGAAAUCUCGUAACUCUCGUGAAAAUAUAAUUCAACGAUCGUGCGAUAUGUCUCUUGUUUUCUGAAAAUACGCGAGUAUUCGCGCCGGAUUCUCAUCCGCGCCAGGUUCCGUAAAAUUCUAACACGACUUUUACCAGUGUUCGCGUGUGAAACGGUGAUUUGUCAGCGGUUUCGUUCGAUAUAGAAAAAGUAAAAAGCGGAAGAUAGAAAAAGAAAGAGAAAGAAAAACGCGUACCGGAAAAAUUUGAUGAAAGAAAAAAAAGAAGAAAAAGAAAUUCGAGCGGCGCGACGUAGGAAUUGCAGGGGAGCACGUGGGCGGUGCUUGAAGUCUAGUUCUGCGCGCCUCUCGCUUCCAGUAUUCGUCUGCCCGUCCGAGGGAGCGCGAGUGUUACUCCGUUGUAGCAGUGGCGCGCGCGCGCGCACCUUCUAGCCUUUUUUCGUAAUCCGGACGAGAGGCCGACGUUGGCGGCGCCAAGCGAGAAGAGAAGAUGAGGAGGGAGGCCGUCGACCCGUUAUAAAUGGAACUAGCAAGACAGCAUUUCUUGAAUCGUUUCUUCUGUUAUUAUUCGCAGCGUGUCGGCGCACUAGCCCGCAUGUUUGUCCGCGGCGUUACCAGAACCUGCACAUCCUCCGAUAUUAUUAUCGCCGUGGUCCAAAGGAUGCAGUCGAAUCGUGGCGACCGUGGAAAGUGAAGUUUUCGAAAGGAAAAAAGAGAAAUCGAAGGAGCGAGAAAUCGACGGACAGAAAGUGGUAUUUUUUGAUGACCAAGCGACCAGCGUGAAACUCUUGACGGGCACGAAUUAUAGUGGCGCCUUUUUAGUGAGCGCGAAAGAGAAGAAAUUUCAAAAUUCGAGAUAUGCCCGUGGCGACAUACGGUGUACAAUUCUGGAAGUUCGCAAACGGUGAUAAGUGGACAAAGUUCGAAGAUCGUGUUUUACCUGUUGUUCGGUCGAUAAUAUACGGCGAGUCUCGGUUUCGCGGUUGCACGCUCGUUUAAAUUGGCUGUCACAAUUCGAGACGCUCGGUGCCGACUUGUUCGCGAGAAGAUUGCGACGGUCGAGCCAGUGAAUCACAUCUGAGAGCGACAUUUCGAAAGAUCGAUGUGUCGUCGGGUCUAAAAAGGUGGCUCUUACUCAACGCCGUUUAUCGCGCCAUUGGGGAGCGCGUGCUUGGAAUGAAUGCCGCGUUUUCAACCGCUAUGUGAAGUUGUCCCUACAGUUUGAACGUGAUUAGUGGAUGCGCUACAAGAGACCGAGUGUCACCGGUUGCUUUGCAAUGUGAGUAAAUAGAAACUUCGUGUAGAGACAGAAGAACCGAGGAACAAAUCAAACAACCACUCUUUAGAGGUUUUGUUGUCGUUUGAAUAUCGUUGACCCGAUGUGAAUGUAUUCGAAGGAAAUAUUCGCGUCGCUUCUAUAAAGGUUAGUUACGAUAUUUUUGUCUGUGAACGUUUACAUUUUUCGACAAAAUAUAUUUCUCGUGAAUCGUUUAGUGACGGGGUUCGUAUAUGUAAACGUUUAUUCGCGAUUCUUCUCUCGUGUAUGUGUGUGAUGUGAAUGGACUUUAAUACGGUCGAAACGAAAGAAACUGUAGGUCGAGUGAAAAGUAACACGAACAGUGUUAAUCGGACAGCAUAUGAUGUGCAAGCGCGGCUCGAACGACACCUAACAUCCACGUCUGAUGACAAACGUGAACAGGAUCAGGGUGGUCGUCCUCGGCGGCCCCAGAGUCGGGAAAUCAGCCGUAGUAGUGCGGUAUUUGACGAGGCGAUACAUCGGCGAGUACAGCUCAACCAGCGAUUUCCUGUACCGGCACAGCGUUACCAUCGAUAACGUUAGUACCGAGGUGGAGAUACUGGACACUUCCAGGUGCGAGGAAAAUGGUUGUCUUUACUCUCACAUACGAUGGGGCGAGGCUUUCGUGGUCGUUUACAGCGUGACGUGCAAACGAAGUUUUCAGGAAGCUCGCGGAUUGCUGAAGCAACUGGCUGACUUACGUCUACCAUCCUACUUCACUGCUCUGUUGCUCGGCAACAAGAGAGAUCUGGAUCAUGCUCGAGAGGUAUGCGUGGACGAGGGGCAACAGUUAUCGCUGGCGCAUGGAUGUCAAUUCUACGAGGUCAGCGCGGCGGAGAGUCCUGCCGGCGCGGCUCUCGCGUUCCAGGCGCUGCUCCGAGAGGCGAGGUCGGUGCAGCUGCUACGAGCGCUUCCGAUCCGCCGGAAGUUGGGCGUUCACUCGGUCUCAAGGGUACUCGGCACGAUCUUCGGCAAGAACACGACGAAAGAUCGGAAAAAGAGGCCCUCGUUGAGCAUAUGACGCCUCCUCUGCGCCCUCCUCCUCGGAGGUCGUGACGAACCCGACAGGAGAACCGACGUGGUCGUUCUCACCAGCAACGUCUACUCCAAUCGCUGACGAGGACAUCGUUAAGAAAUCGUCUGACCAACAUGAAUCAGUCACGGUGACUCAAAUUUUCCUCUCGAAGGACACGUUUAAGAAGAUGAAGAAGAGAAGAGGAAGAAUAUGUUUGGUGUUCUCUGGACGCGACACAGUUCCUGGCGUCUUGAUUCGUCUUCAAGAAUGAUCCUGAGGAACGCUGGGACGUUGCCUGGCGGACAGGUAAAGAAAACGCAUCUACGGUAGAACCUCGAUUGGCGUAGAAUUACGAAAACGCAAGGGACUGAAAGUGCACAGGUGUCGAGGUUCGUGCAACGAACGAGGUAACCGAUUGGACAGUUUACUCUACUUUUGUUAUGGUGUUCGUGACGAGACUAGGUUGCAGCGGAUGUACGUUUUGACGAAUUGUCGUUCUGAUCCGUGAAACGUAUGCUCGUAAGUGGACCGCAGACUCUUGUACAAAUUUGUAUUUCGCAGAGUAUCAUUCAAGAAAUAGUGGAACUUCGCGCUUUGAAAUUUUACGUAAAUGUAUGAAAGCUAUACUCGUAAGAACAUAGAUAUAUCCAUGUUUGAUUGCCUCGACGUAUUCGUCAGAACACGCAUCCACCAGAACACUUCACCACGGUGCAAUUAUAUCAGUUGCGAUUGGAUUUCUCAUAUCGUCGCUCUUGGUCCCGUUUGUUCGUAACCGAUUACGAGAUACUAUCCUCACAAUGCGUUGCGGAAUACAACGAGCGAUGUACUUGCGCGGACGAUCGAGGUUCUACCGUGUAUCAUCUCCCAGAAGAAGCUUCGUGACGUAAAAAGGAAAGAUAAUUGUACUUUCUGAGCGGACGAAUGCGAUCAUUUUGUUGACUGUUCGUCGUUGGGUAGAGGGAGGCAGAGGGCGCAGGAGGCGCGUAUCCGAACACCAGCUUCGUUUCACGUGCAUGGAGUUUCGGGAGUUCGAUCGAAAAACGAGAAAAUCGUCGACCGGAGAAAAUAGCUGUUUCCCUAGGGGAACUAAAUGCAGGCGUUCUCGCGUCAGAUUCUCGUGUGUUUACAGACGUUUUCAUUUAACGUUCGAUGGUGAAAAUGGACAGUGAAUCGAAGAGGAGGAGGAGGAGGAGGAGGAGGACAGUGUGAGAGAUUGUGACGAGCGUGAAAAACGACGAAUCGCAAGAAAUUGAUAGCGAGUAAGGUGGUCUUUGUUCGUCGAGUGCUUCGUGUUCGUUUUCCUUUUAUUUUUCUCCCUUCUUUCCCCUUUCUACGUUCUUGUCGGUGUUGCAGUGGUCGAAUCGUAUCUCCUUCGAGGUGGAUGGAGAAUCGGCGAUACGCGCGUGCGACUGCUGUUCCUAAAGGGUUGUAGCUUUAAACGUGACCGGAAGUCGAGGUGAUUCUCUCAUCAGGGUGCAUCGAUACCGAUUCGUAUGAUUUCUGUCGAGAAUCGUGAGAAACGUUUCGCUCACUUGAGAUUGUUUCGGUGUAUUUAUUUGUUUCGAGUAAUGCGAGGUAACGGAGUGUACUCGUUGCUGUUGAGCAACCGAAAAGAUGGUUAAAUUGGAUUUUUAAAUGGGAAGCUACAGGAUCGUUAGAAAUAAUUUCGAUGUGCGCUUUGUUAGAAACAAAGUGAAAUAAAAAGAAGAAAGAACGAAAUGUUUUCUUAACGUUGUAUCUUGCUAGAAGAUAUUAUUUCGUAUGAAUUUAUUUAUUUUUCUAGUUGAGCCCUACUUCUCUCUACUUUCUUUUUCAUGCAUAUAUACAUGACAUAUGUUUUCUAUAAAUAUUGUAAUUUUGGUCAAUGAGAUAUCGAUAGAAUUAUGUAGAUUUAAUUUUAUUAAGUAUAUCGAACGUACGGUAGAAAUUGAAAGAGAAAUAAGAUACACGGUCGAGAAAUAUUCCGUUCACUGAUUUCGUGUCUUGUACAAGCAUUGAAAUCACCAGAUUCUCUCGCCUAUGCAACGCUCUUGUAGCUUCUCGAAUAAACUCUUGAAAUUUCGCUUAAUCUUUCGUUAAUCUUGUCUCCUAACGAUGAAAGGCUUAAUAAAUAUAAAGGACGUAAAACCGGUAAUUACCAAAGACAAGUUGUACGUAAUUUACCAUUUUUCAAUGUAACCUACGGAUAACAUAGCCAUUAAUGAAAAUCGUAAAACGGCGGAUUAAUGUCUUCUGACGCAAAGGUAGACGUCCAUGUAGAAUUAUGAUUUCCAAUUCUCAUGCACAUUUCGAUUAUACGAAUGCAAUUAGGAAGCAUCUUAGAAGAUAUUUUAUUUCCAUAGACGUACGCAUGGAAGUAAUUGGAAAAUGAAUUACGCAAUGAACUAUGUACUGCAUAUGUACGUAUUAUGCAUUAUUACCAACAUUAUUUCGCUUCAUGCUCAAAAGUUUCGCCAUUUCAAUAUUUCUAUUUAGUA